AUGAAACAAAUACACAAUGUAAUUGAGAACCAUACAUUUAAACUACAUGAAGUUGAAGAGUCGUCCAGUAAUAUAUAUGAUAGUAACCUCCAAUCUACUGAAUAUGUUGAUAUAAAUAAUAUAGGUCAUAUGGGAUUACUUAACAAUGAAUUUUCAAUAAACUCGGAAAUACUUUGUGACCAUUCUAUUUCUAAUGCUAACUUUCAGGUUUCAUGUACUAGUAGUGAUCGGAUACUUUUUUAUGUAAUUUGUCAUCCUUUACUUUAUCAAAUUCCCAGAAGGAUUUAUUAUAACAGAAAAGAUUGCUUCAUGUAUAUUGGUAUAUCCUUAAGUGAUUAUCUAAAAGUAGAUCCAUUAUCUAGUGAUAAUACACCUAUCAUAUAUUGUAAUGGAUAUAUUAUCAUUAAAUUUGAUGAUAUAAAUGCAAUUAUAACAGCAACACAUCUCUGGAUAUUUAAUCCUGAUAAUUCAUGUGUAAUAUCCAUAUGUGAAAAUAUUGUAACAAGUACGUAUUGUGACAAGGCAUUUAUUCAUAGUGAUUGCUCAUCAGACUCAGAUUUUAAUAAUCCAACUAGGGAAUCUUCAUCACUAUCAAAUAUUUGUAAUAUCUUAUGUUAUGAAUGUAAAAUAAGAAAUUCAAAUAUUUAUAUAGAUACAGAAAAUAAUAAUGAAAACAAGCAUUAUUCAAAUAUUACCAGAUAUGGAAAUAUGAUUAAUAGAAAAGAAAAACAACCUACAUCUUUAGAAAAUGAUAAGAUUAAUUAUGAUAAUAUAAAGUCUAUUAAAUCUAUUAAUGAAAAAAUUCAUUAUACAAUUGGAUGUAUUAUAUGUGAAAAAUUUUUUUUAAUAGAAAAUAAUACAAACUCACAUUUAAAUAGGUUUAAUCAAAAAGAUGAAUCAAAAUAUAUAAAGAAAUCAUUUGCUGCAAUAUGCCUUUAUGUUAUUUUAGAAAAGUGUUGUGAAAAAAUUCAUAAUUACUUAACUCAAAUAAAAAGUGAAUUUUUUCAGGGAUUAAGACAUGGAGUUAAGUAUAAUAAGUGGUACCUUUACCCAUGGCGUUUUACUUUUUCUUCAUUCUCAAAGAAAAUGUGCCUAAAAAGAGAUGUUGAUACUCUAGAAAGAAGUAUUACUAGCUUACAAAAUUGUCUAAAAAAUAUUCAAUCACAAAUUGAGAAAUCUUAUCAAAAGAAAAAAAAAUUUGUUUUAAGUUCAGAUGAGUGGGAAGAAAUUAUUUUACAUUAUAUAACAAAAUUUAAUGGUUAUACAAUACAAUUAAGCAGAGUAAAAAGUUCAAUAAAUGUGAAUGAACAAUUAUCGAAUCUUUAUUUAAAUUUUAAAAGAAAUGAAUACAUGUACACAGCCCUAAGAAUUUCCUUAAUUACUUUAGCCUGCUCUAUUGCAUCAGUUAUAACUGGUCUUUUUGGAAUGAAUCUUUUAACUGGACUUGAACAAGACCCUAUUGCAUGGUAUAUUGUUACAUUUGGAAUAAUAAUACCAAUAAUGUUGUGGGGUGUAGCAGGAUGGUUUACAGGGACACUUUGUAAACAUGACAUUACAGAUAUAUCUAUACAGAUGGAAUAA